AUGGGGGCCAAGGCAGCCUUCUAUGUGGCCUGCGUGGCCCUGGGCUUGUCGCACCUCCAUGAGAAGCACGUGAUUUGGCGGGACCUGAAACUUGAGAACUGCCUCCUCACCUCCAAGGGCUACGUGAAGCUCACUGACAUGGGCAUCGCCAAGAUGGUCACUGGCAAGACCUUUACGGUCUGCGGCACAGCGGACUACUUCGCCCCAGAGACCCUGAAGCAGGUGGGUCACAACCGCGCCGUGGAUUGGUGGGCCUUGGGGGUGAUGCUCUUCAUCAUGAUCGCCGGGCACAGCCCCUUCGACGCGCCCGAGGUGACGCAGAUCUACAAGAACAUCAUUCGAGGCCUGUCGAAGGUACAGUUCCCGGCGGGCUUCUCGCCAGAGGCUGAGGAGUGCGUGCGCUCGCUGUGCCGCAAGAAGCCGGAGGACAGGAUCACCAUGCAGCGGGGCGGCAUCCAAAAUCUUUGGGCGCUGGCCUUCUUCAAUGGCAUGAACUGGGAGGCGGUACAAGACCAGACCUGGCCGCCCCCCUUUGUACCGGAGACCGACUACGACAAGAUCAGCAACAGGCAGCUGUCGCGACAUGUGCACAUCGUCUGGGAAGGGCUGCAGCCGUGGGCGCCAGAAGCGGAGGAGGAGCCAUCGCAGAGUUGGGGCUCGCUGGCUUGCAUCCUCGUCUCGCCUGUGACUUCGAUCAUCAUGAUCUCCGCCUGCGCCCGCCGCGUCGCGCUCAGCGCCCGGGCUGUGCCCGCCGGCGCCGCCGCCAACGUGUCGCCCUUGGCGGCGCAGACGCGGCUGCUGCACCAGAGCAGCCCCCGCUUCAACCAGUGCGUGAACCCUGGGUACCCGGUGAUGUGGACUUUGGUCUACGACAAGCCGGCCUAUGACCCUGAGAUGGAGCUGGAGUAUGACGUGAUGCCCAGAGAUGAGUUUGGUGUGCCGGCCCACAUCCCCCCCGAGAUCUCCACGGCGAUCCGCCACACCUACUACAUCCCGCCUCAGUACUACCCCUUCCUGAAGAAGCUGGGGGACGACACCCCGGAGCUUAAGCCAUGGAUGGACAAGCUGAUCAACGGGGAGAUGACCUUCGAUGACUACGAGGAGAUGUUCUACCAGUUCGCCAAGCCUCUGAAGAUCCACCGGCCCCUGAUCCCCAUGCCCUACCGCUCCGCGGAAGAGGUGAAGCGCACCGAGGAAGUGAUGUGGGAGGGUGCCUGGCUCUCCUUCCGUCAGCGCGUCUUGGGCGACUACAUCUCCAGGCACCACUUCCGCGACUUCCUGGGCGGCAUCGGCGUGGGCCUCUUCUUCGCCUGGGUCUACACGCAGCAGCACCGCCAGUACCGCAUUGACAUGAAGCUCUUCUACCUCGAGGCUCCGGAGCACAAGAUCAACUGGGUCACCCCACGCGGCGACCUCUGA